AUGCUGCAGGAUGUUGAGGAGGAUACUCCAGUAGGACUUGACAAAGCUCCUAAAUCUGUAGAAGCAGAUUCAACAAAUAAAAAGGAUGAUGCAAGUUCCAAAGUAGUCACACCUCCUAAAACACCCUCCAAAGUUGUCAUCAAGAAUCAUCCGCAAAGUCAGAUCAUUGGUGACAAGGAUGUAGGAGUUCUUACCAGAAGAAGAGCAAAAAGUGAUGAACAAGCUCAAAUGGUUGAGCAUUACUAUUUGGUAACUGAUUUUGAACCCAAAACUAUCUUUGAUGCUUUAGUUGAUGAUUAUUGGCUGAAUCCGGAAGGGUUUGUAUCUGCAGAUAAACCAGACCAUGUUUGCAGGCUGAGAAAGGCUCUUUAUGGCCUUAAACAAGCUCCAAGAUCUUGGUACUCCAAAUUGGAUGCCCACCUUACAGCAAAUGGAUUCACUAGAGGUGGAGUAGACAGCAACUUGUAUGUCAAGGUUGAAGGUAAUGAUAUUCUAGUUGUUGAAGUAUAUGUGGAUGACAUUAUUUUUGGAUGUAAUAAUGAUUCUGUGUCUAAAAAGUUUUCAAAAAUAAUGGAAUCUGAGUUUGAAAUGUCAAUGUUGGGAGAGUUGACAUUCUUUCUUGGCUUUCAAGUAAUUCAGCUUGAGCAAGGCAUUUUUAUGUCACAAACUAAAUAUGCAAAAGAGAUGCUUAAGAAGUUUAACAUGACAGAUUGCAAAUUUGUUAGCACUCCAAUGGAGACUAGUUGCAAGUUGACUAAAUCUGAUGACUCACCUAAGAUAAAUCAAUCAAAGUAUAGAUCAAUGAUAGGAAGCUUGCUUUAUUUGACUACAUCUAGACCUGAUUUGAUGCAUGCAGUAUGUUUGGUUUCACUUUUUCAAUCUGCACCUAAACAAUCUCAUUUGAAUGUUGUGAAAAGAAUUUUCAAGUACAUUAAGGGUACUUUAGACUAUGGUUUAUGGUAUCCUCAAAAUAAUGAUUUCAAUCUUGUUGGUUUCACUGAUGCUGACUGGGUUGGAUGUAUGGAUGAUAGAAAAAUCAUGAGUGGUGUUGCUUUCUUCCUCGAAGAUUGUCUUGUUGCCUGGCACAACAAAAAGCAAGAAUGUGUCACUCUAUCCACUGCAAAAUCUGAAUAUAUUGCAGAAACAGCUUGUUGUACCCAAUUAAUCUAG